AAGAUGCCCUAAGAGGGAAGCUCAGCUAUUUGGAUGUUCUUCCAGCUACAAAGUUACACUGAGAUGAACAUUGAGGGCAAGCUCCAAUUGAUGAAACGUGGGAACACUGUCUUCUUCUAUACGUUUCUGUUCAGUCUCGUUGGUUCCCUGUCUUCACCUGCAGGUCUGAAAGGAAGAACGCCACUAAACGGGUUUAAUGCAAUUCGCCAGAAAAGAGAUCUCUUAACAGCAGAGGAUUACAGAACUCCUCUCUCAGCAGCUCUCUUUCAUCGGAAUUCCCAGGACGAGUCCUGCUCUCAAAGCUGCCUUAAUGGAGCAAUUUGUACAGAGGCUGGAGUAUGUGAUUGUGAGACCUUUCAGGCACAAGGAAACAGAUGCCAAUUCGUGCCAAACACUGGCAAAGAAAGAGAUGAGAUCUGUAAAUCAUGGGGCCAAUACAAUUUUGAAACAUUUGAUGGUAUCUACUUUUACUUUCCUGGGAACUGUUCCUACAUAUUUGCCAGGGAUUGCAGUGAAACUAUACCACUGUACACAAUAUGGGUUCACAACAGUCCUCAUUGUAAUGAAUCGGUGUACGCUUGUCCACGCUCAAUCAGUAUGUUUUUUUCAAGCCAAGAAGAGAUUACCGUGUCUGGUUAUGAAGUGAGAAAGGGAGGUGAACGACUGCUAUUGCCACAAACUAUUGAAAAUGUCUUUAUUGAGAGACUGGCUGAUUAUAUUCUUGUGAAAACUACAUUUGGAUUCUCCCUUGCCUGGGAUGGGGGCUCUGGGGUUUAUAUUAAACUGACAGAAAAUCAUCAAGGAAAAGUCUGUGGUCUGUGUGGAAAUUUUAAUGGCAACUGGACAGAUGACCUGAUAAUUCAGCACACCGGAGAAGUUACUGAAGAUAUUGCUAUAUUUGCAAACAGUUGGUACAUUCAGACCCUAAAUGAGCCCAUCUGUGUCUCCACUGCCACUGACUAUCCAAACCCUUGCUCCAAUGAAGCAACUCAAGAGGUGAUGUUUACCAAGUGCCAAGUUUUGUUACACUUCCCAUUUCUCAGCUGUCAUGAAACCAUCGAUCCAUACUCCUACAUUGCCAGCUGUAUGAAUGACCUCUGCAAACAAAAUGAUGACGAAUCAUAUUGCCGUGCUAUUAUGGAGUAUGCACGAGCAUGCGCCCAUUCUGGUUUCCCAAUCCGUAACUGGCGUGAUGACUUCCCCGCCUGCACUGAAAAAUGUGAAGACAAUUUUGUUCACCGAGACUGUAUUAGCUGUUGUCCACCAACCUGCACAUAUGAGAAAGAAUGUCUGGGGAGCAAUCUGCACUGUCUCGAUGGUUGUUACUGUCCAGAUGGUCUUAUCUUGGACAAUGGCACAUGUGUCUCUGUUACCAGUUGCCCAUGUAUCUACCACGGCACUGCCUACCCAACCGGUUCUAAGAUCGAACAGGAAUGCAGCAUGUGUGUUUGUGCUGGUGGCGUUUGGAAUUGCACUGAACAUGAAUGUCCAGCUGAGUGCUCUGUAGUUGGAGAUUCGCACUUCACAACCUUUGAUGGCCGUUACUUCACAUUCCUGGGAAUGUGUCAAUAUAUUUUAGUGAAAGGGAUUGGAAAAGAUAAAUUUACCAUCACCUUGCAAAAAGCCUCAUGUGAUCAGAACUUUGACCAUGCAUGUAUUCAAUCAAUUACACUGGUGUUUGACGAGGAUAUGAAUAAACAAAUAACUAUACUUCGAGAUGGAGAGAUCCAUUUUGGAUCCAACCAAGGUCUUGUAUUGAGCGGAGAUAUUGAAGUACGCAAUUUGUCAUCUAUGUUUGUGCAACUGAAGACAAAAUUUGGGAUACGUAUUCAAUUUGCUAAAGGUGGAGACAGACUUUAUAUUCAGGCCAGUAGCUCGUGGAAGAGGAGAACAUUGGGCCUCUGUGGCACCUUUAACGGCAACCUACGGGAUGAUUUUCUGUCUCCAGCGGGUAUGAUUGAAGGGACAGCCCAGUUGCAUGCCAAUGCAUGGAAGAUAUCAUCAGCAUGUUUAACUCCCAUAAACAUUCCUGUAGUGGAUCCAUGUGAUAUCAAUCUACAAAAUGUUGGAUAUGCAAUGUAUUGUGAUGUUAUCAAUCAGGAACUUUUUGCCCCAUGCCAUUCGUACGUGAGUCCUGGCUUAUAUUACCAGCUGUGUCGCUUUGAUGCAUGUAAAUGUGGGAGCAGCUGUCUGUGUAAUGCCCUGGCCCACUAUGCGUACAUCUGCAACAAGCAUGGGAUCACUGUCCAUUUCAGAUCCCAAGUCUCAUUUUGUGGGGUUAUAUGUCGAUAUGGAAUGUUAUACCACCAGUGUACAUCAUAUUGUGGGAGGACAUGCUCCUCAUUGUCUUCUGGAGACAUCUGCACUGAUGAAUGUGUUGAAGGCUGCAACUGUCCUGAUGGGAAAUACUGGGAUGAGACCCUUAACUUCUGUGUCACAAUAUCGAGUUGUCGAUGUUACUACAGAGGCAGAAUCUUCUAUCCAGGAGAGGUGAUGUUAAGGCCAUCUGGGUCUUGCCAGUGUUUAAAUGGAACAAUGAGGUGUACAGAGACAGCUAUAACCAUCACAGGCCAUAGUUGUCCAGAAGGAAAAAUAUACUUUGAUUGUAGGAACCCAGUGCCAGGUUUACCAUCUGCUGGUGUCAACUGCGAAGUCACCUGUGCCAACUUAGCUAUGAAUUUCACAUGUGUUCCAUCACCACCAUGUGCCAGUGGAUGUAUCUGUCCGCCUGGCAUGGCAGAACACAAAGGAAAAUGUUAUGUUCCUGACAGUUGUCCAUGUACAUGGAAAGAUUGGGAAUAUCUGUCUGGAGAAGUGAUAUCUACACCCUGUUAUACGUGUGUUUGCAGAAGAGGAAUAUUCAACUGUACCAGCUAUCCCUGUCCAUCAGUAUGUACAGUUUAUGGUGAUCGACAUUAUUACACCUUUGAUGGUUUGGAGUAUGAUUAUGUCAGUGACUGUCAAGUGUACCUUGUCAAGAGUGCAGAUAAUUCCAAUGUGUCUAUUAUCGCCCAGAAUAAAAAGUGUUUUGACAAUGAUAUCAUUUGCUCAAAGAAUCUUGUCAUAUCUCUUGGUGAUACCGACAUUAACUUCAGUGACACGUCCGACAAACAGAAACUCUUAAAAAUGCAUCCUAGUACUUCCAGAUACCAGUAUUGGAAAGCUGGGUUCUACACAGUGGUGCAUAUUCCAGAAUUGGAAAUCACAAUACUUUGGGAUAAGAAAACUACUAUACAUGUCAAGGUUGGACCUCGAUGGAAAGGAAAGCUGUCAGGUUUAUGUGGAAAUUUUGACAAAUACACGUCAAACGAUCUGACAACGUCAAACAAUAUGGAGGUCAGAAAUGCUCAAGUCUUCGGAGACAGCUGGACUAUUGGCCAGUGUAAAAGUUUUAAUGACACCAUCAGACCUUGUGAGGUGCAUCAGAAUAAAUUUCCAUAUGCCAAAAAAGAGUGCUCAAUUCUGUAUAGCGACAUAUUUGCCCCUUGCCGUAAUGUGAUCGAUGUGACUUCAUUUGUUAAAAAUUGCCACACAGACACCUGUAACUGUAACCUCGGUGGGGACUGUGAGUGUCUGUGUACCAGCAUAGCUGCUUAUGCCCACAAGUGUUGCCAACAGGGGGUAUCUGUACAUUGGAGAUCUCCAAACAUGUGCCCUUAUGAUUGUGAAUAUUACAAUCAAGGGCUUGGAGAAGGUCCCUACAUCCUCUCUAGUUGUGGCAACAGUGAAAUUGUUUUAGGUGUAAAUGUUACCAGUAAAUAUAUAUUCCCAUUGCCAAGAAUGAGUGCCCACGGAAAUGUUUUGUUUAACUUCAUGAUAACACCUGGACUUUUUAAAGAUAAAGACCUAUCCCUGUCGCUGGUAUCUCUGGAGUCAGCAGAAAGACCCAACUACUUUCUUUCUGUACAAGAAAAUGACACGGUUCGGCUGGAACAGUGGGACACAAGUUCAUUAUUUAGAAGAAGAGCGACAUUUUUCCACCAUCAAGGCUUGUGGAUUGCAGGUUAUAGUGCAUUUGAGUUACACAGCAAGAAAGGAUAUUUUAUAACACUCACAUCAACAGAAGUUAAAGUCUCCAUAUAUGACAGAUCGGACGAGUUUAAACUUUCAAGUGGCUUUAAGAUUGAAGAGAUUACUGCCGCUGUGCCCUACAGGAGAAUGUGCGAAUGGAGAUAUGAGCCUUGUAGUAGUCCAUGUGUUAAGACCUGCAGUGACCCUGAAGCGACAUUAUGCUCAUUUCUUCCACCGGUAGAAGGAUGCAUACCAUAUUGUCCAAAUCACAUGAUCCUUGAUGAGAUUACCCUUAAAUGUGUCUAUGCAGACGAUUGUGUCCCAGUAAAACCAACAGACGCUCCUGUUGCAACAAAACCAGUGAAAAUAAGUCCAACAGCCACACUGUCAAAAGUUACCACAAAACCAAGACUUACAACAACAGCAGGUUAUUUUCCAUCUAUUUCCACUGAUAGACAAUCACCAUCUACAUUCAUGUCAUUUUUUGAACCUGCAAAUACCACUCACACAGUUCAUCUGAAAUCAUCAGUUCCAAUCACCUUAAAAUCUACUUCAGAUUUUUUCACUACAAAGUCUCCUUUGAAGUGGACUACUGGUGACCAUUUCAAAACACUGUAUAGCACUUCGACACUUGUGCCAGACAUGAAGAACACAACACUAAGUGAAAUCACUGGAGGUACUUCUUCAGCAAUGUCUACAUCACUUGGGAAAACAUCAGUUGUUUCGGAAUCAACAUCACAAGAUGCUGUAACUUCCUUUACAGCUUUCACAACUCGGCCUCUUGGACCAGUUAUUGACACAACUAAAACACCAACAAGAAUGUUGGGCCAAUCUUCACAGGGUCUUUACCAGCUGACAACAAAAUCCAUCACAUUAUCUCCACAUUCUCCCCUAACAGGGAGUACAGUUUUAUCUACCACAAUUAUGCCUGAAAUACUAUCCAAAACAAGCCUAGUAACUCCAAUGGAAAAAACAAUUCCUCCCAGGUCAUCUAUUACAUCCUCUACUUCCAUUACACCAUUUUCUCUCCGUCUCCCUUUGAGUACGGCAAGUACUAAGACAUUUUCAGGAAUGCUUCCUUUGCAAACAACUGGAACAACUGGAAUACAACCAAGCAGCACCGUGGCUAAAACAUCAUUAAUAAGUGCUUUAUCUACUUUGCCAACCCUAACAACUACAAUAGGAGUGACUGAUGGACAAAGAACCACUCGGAUAUCGCCAUCAACAUUUUGGUCUCUAUUAGUUACUAUUUCACAUGUAAGCCCUACAACGAUAUCAUCGUUCACUCCUGAACUACAUCAAACUUCAAAAUCAGUCACACAAACAAAAAUAACAGAGCGAAAGCAAGAUACCAUGUUAACAUCAUUAUUUACCACUGAUAAACUAUUAGCAACAGAAGCCGUGUCACGCACUAGUCCCUCUAAAUUUCCUGUUACAACAGAAUUCCAGAAGUGGACAUCAAGCAGAAUUACAACAUCAUCACCACCACCACAAAAUACAACUUCAGUUACAGAGUUAGAUGUAACAUCGGGCUACUUACAAUCUACUCUGCCACCAAUUUCCCAUAAAACAGCAGACCAGGUUUCUUCAGCUGUAUACCAAACACAUAAUACUACAAUUUUUUUUACAAAAAGCACAACCUUACAUAUUUCCAAUGUGACUAUUAUUCAAACACCACCUGCAACUUUAAGUACAAAAAAAUUCCCAAAAAGCACAACUGCAUUAAAAACAACUCACUCCAGUACUACAGAAUCGCCUGAAACCAAAUCUCCUAGAACAGAUUUCACCACUUAUAGUUCAGAAAGCACAUCUAUGACAAGUAUCACACCAACUGAAAUGACUACUGCUAUGAGAACAUCAAGGAAACCUGAAGUCACUACGGCAAUAACCCAUUCAAUAAUGCCAUAUACUUCCAAACAUGUUUUAUCAACUACAUCUGCUCUGACUCCAACCCUUGAAACUUCAAAGCAUAGUCCUUCAGUUUCUCUGUUUGAAUCUGCAAUAGUUACAAGUUCUAUAACUAGUUUCUCUGGAGAGAGUGAGACCACUAAAAAACAUGUGGGAACACUACAGUCACCCACGGUUCUGUCAGUGACCACAGAGCCAGCUGGUACUUAUUCUACAUCCUUUGCAGCUAAUAUUACAACAUCAGGAGAGGACCAUUUGCAUGAGACUAGUGAAUCGGCCUUCUUCAAUAUAAGUCAAUCUAAGACAACAACUCCCCAAGAAACUAAUAAAACACCAACAUCUUUUCCUGUAGACACAACAUUUUCUGUUAUAGAUAAAGGUACCAAGGAAAUAAGCAAAUCCAUGUAUUCUUCAGGAGUGACUAAGAUGACAAUAGGUGAGAUGUCAAAAGUCCCACCACAAACAACAUUGGAACCUUUCCAGAACAUCACAGAACCAACUCAAUCUACAACGUCCGAAAAUAUCACCUAUGUUUCAUCUGAUUCUGUACCUAGUAGUGUACAGCCUUUUAAAACAGCAACUUUUGAAGUUGCUUCUGAGGUAAUGGUGAAUGCUACAUUCUCAACAGACUACUACUCGUUGGGCACAAUGAUCCACACAAGCAGUCCUUCAGAGUGCAUGCCUCGGUAUUUUGAGCCCCUGGAUCCGUGCAGUCAAUAUGUCUGCAUUAAUAUGGGUUGGAUGCUGUACAAUGUCUCAAGUAAUUGUCACAAAAAUGUGGAAAAACCAGACUGUGGCUUUCGUGGCAUGCCAGUUCAAGUGAACACGGACAGUUGCUGCCCUGAGUGGGAGUGUCCCUGUCAAUGUUCUGUAUUAUCAGAACUGAGCAUCAUAACAUUUGAUGGAAACAACAUUGCAUUGUACAAUGCGGCACCUUACAUUUUAGUUAGGCUGCCGAAAGAAACUAUUGUAGCCCAUAUUGAAAAAUGUCCCCCAAGCCUGAGUGUCAACUCAAUAAGAAAGUUGGUUGCUGCUGGAGGAACAUCUGGACUCUGUUUUAAGAAGUUAAAUGUAACCACAGCAGAUUUUGAAGUUCUGAUAAAUCGUCUGGAGAGGAAGGUAGAAAUUAAUUCAAUAAAUCAACCUUUGCCUUUUUCAAAACAAGGAUUGUGUAUUCAGGAUACUGGAGCUAUGUAUGUCAUUAACACUCCAGCAGGUCUCAGCAUUAAAUGGACUCAUGUGACCGGAAUAAUAGAUAUUCAAUAUGGCCUCCAUUCCAACCUCUCCACCAAAACAGAAGGGCUUUGUGGCAUUUGCAACGGUGAUCCAAGUGAUGACUUGAAGAUGCAAAAUAGAACAAUAAUCACAAACAAGGAGGACAUUGAAGCUUUUAUUAAAAGCUGGGAGAUUGAGAAAUCGGUUGAUGUCACCACCAGACGUCCUGUUAGGAACUGCACUGAGGAUAACUGUACUUACUGCAUGGAGCUUUUGAACAGAAAAGUUUUUGCACCAUGUCACAGAAAGGUUGCACCUCAAGACUUCUGUGAGAAGAUGUGGAUUAAUAAUACCUAUUUCCUAAAUUAUGAAUGUGACGCACUCUCUGCAUAUGUGGCUCUAUGCAGCAAGCACCAUAUCUGCAUAAGGUGGAGAACCAAGGAUUACUGCUCACUGACGUGUCCUGAGGGCAAAGAAUACCAAGCCUGUGUGCAACCAUGUGCUGCCAAGACAUGCUUAAAUAAAUGGUACUAUGAGGAAUCUCACUGCUCACAUUUAAGAGAAGACUGUGUGUGCAAAAAAGGAACUAUUCUUCAUAGGACGGAUUCAGAGCUUUGCAUCCCUGAGGAUAAAUGCGCUUGUACUGAUAAUGAGGGACAUCCCCGUUCUCCAGGAGAAGUAUGGAAUUCAUCAACCAAAAGAUGUUGUAUGUUCAAAUGUUUAGAAAAUGGGACUGUGGUGGCUAUAGAACCUGACUGUAGUCAGCAGCCAGUGCCGAUGUGUGAACAAGAGGGUGAGACACUUAUCAGUGUCUUUGAAGAAGGAGUCUGCUGUCCAAGAAAAGUGUGUGAAUGCAAUAUGUCUUUAUGUGAGAAGUCUGUAACCUGUAAACCUGGAGAAAAACUCGUUGCUGACUACAGUCCAGGAACCUGUUGCCCCAAGUUUUGCUGUGAAUGUGACCCUUCUGCUUGUCCUCAAAUGCCACGUCCAAAAUGCAAAGAAGAUCAAAUGACGGUUGAAGCUCGAAUGGGUGAUUCUUGUUGUUUCUCCUAUAUUUGUGUUUGUGAAUCCUGUACAGAACCUGUUCCAGUUUGCAGUGAUGGAGAAAUUCUUACUGUUGAUUUGAACACCACACAUCAGUGUUGCCCUCAUUAUAUGUGUGUUUGUGACGAGAAUCUCUGUGCUACACCAAAGCUGGAUUGUUUGGGUGACACCAAACUGGUUAAGAAGAAAAGUCCUGCGAAGUGUUGUCCUGAUUGGUCGUGUGAAUGUAGCUGUCAAAAUCUGACCACAUUGGAAUGCCAUUUGGGGGAAGUGCUGAGAAAGGAUGUUGAACAUCAGAGUACUUGUGGAUGUACUCACUACUUUUGUGAAAAAGAAGAAGUAUGUGUAUUCCAGGAGACCACUGUCCUACAUCCUGGCCAGUCGCUCAUACAGUAUUUAGAUGGAGAACUUUGCUACACCGUGCAGUGUUUACACGAGAAAGAUCAAAAUUCUGGAUUUCACGCCAUGGAAAUUUCAACUGUGAAUUGUUCAAAACAGUGCGCGCCUAAUCAAAAAUAUAUUUCCUCUUCAAAUCACCAGAUGUGCUGUGGAACCUGCAAAAAUAUCUCAUGUAUUUUCUACAGUGAUAAUGGCACAGAGGCAGUUUACGAGGUGGGAAAUUCGUGGAUUUCUAACUGCACCAGAUAUGAAUGCACAAAGACAGCUGCAGGAGCAAUGAUUCUAGGCUCCAGUGUUACCUGCCCUCCUUUUAAUGGCACUGAAUGUCUAAAGAAUGGAGGAACCGUCCAGACGUAUAACGAUGGCUGCUGCAAGAUAUGCACAAAGGAAGAACGGAUCUGCCAGAAAGUAGCAGUUAGAACUACAAUAAGGAAAAGUGAUUGCAUGAGUCAAACCCCUAUUACCGUGGCUUCUUGUGAUGGAAAGUGCCCCUCUGCUACCAUAUUUAACGUCAACCUCGAUAGCCAUAUAAGAUUCUGUAAAUGCUGUCGCGAAAAUGGAGUACAGAAUCUGACUGUGCCACUCUACUGCUCAGGAAAUGGAACCCAAAUAAUGUAUGUCAUACAAGAACCAGUGGACUGUACAUGCCAAUGGAAUUAAACGGAUUUUAAUUUGCACCACAUCGCAAUGGAUUCUAUUCUUUUCCUUUUAAUAAACUUCUGUCUCCCAAAGAAAGGACAAUUAUGAACACAAAAAUCACAUCUGUUAUUGGCCAUGUAUUAUGUCUAACCAUCGGUUUAGAACAAUCAAAAGCAUAACAAAAAA